GUUGGUCGCGACAAGCUGCUGCGAACCCUCCAGUACUUCUCCCGCUUCUACGCCUGGUACCUGUUCCGUACCAACCGCCCCCAGACCGCGAUCGCACCCUUCGAAUCCAUCAAGAAGCAGUUCGGUCUGACGCGAAAGAUCCUCCGUAUCGGCAAGUUCAUUGAACACUUCAAGGCCGCUGCCGUUGCCUUUGACAACAAGGCCCCCGUCGACCCGAUCCUGCGCUGUCUUGCCGUGGGUCGCCAGCUUGGUUACGCCGGCUACAUGUCUUACGACACUAUCACCGUCAUCCACGCUCUCGGCAUCAAGAAGCUCGCGAACCCGAAGAAGAUGCAGGAGAACGCAUACCGCGCGUGGUUGGCGUCAUUGGUGUGCAGCGCUAUCGCGGGAGUCUACUCUCUAUGGAAGUUGCACCAGCGCGAGAAGCUGGUCGACCGCACGGAAGGCGAGGGCGCUGUGGAAUUGAAGAAGAUCCAGAAGUACGUCUUUUCUAUGCAGGAACGCGCCGCCGCCCGCGUCCAGCUCAUCUCGGACCUGUUCGACCUCCCGAUCCCUCUCUCGGGAGUGGGCAUCGUCCCUCUCGACGACGGUAUCGUCGGUCUCUCGGGUACCGUCAGCUCCCUGCUCGGCAUCUGGUCGGCCUGGAAGAAGACUGCCUAAGCGGGCUCUACCCGAUGAUACCGACUGGAACCAGAACUGUACAUCAGUACGUGCGCGACAGUAGCUGGAUCCUUACUAGUGCCUAAUUGGGAUGGUAUAUACACUUUGUUACAGGUCCAAAGGAUGGGGAGGGUUUGCGUUGAUUGCGUCGUUUUGUUGUUACAAUAGAGAGAACCCGACCGAGAGGCAAAACUGCACAAUGGACGAAACGGAUAGUUAUUCCUUAUUCACUAUUCCUUGGCUGAUAUGCAGUAUUAUCAUUCUUUUCGCAAGCCCUCGAUCCUUUUCGUUUACACUUGUCUGAUAUCCGCUUUCCUAUUGGUCUUGCCCCUUCUGCUGACGAGAAUUCAUGUAUGCUAUCCAAUUUACCAAAACUGUUUUUUUUUUCCUACGAUAUAACCAACAUACCUAUCUACUUCCAUACAAGUAGGAA